UUUAAUAAUUAUCAACAAAAUCAUCCUUGACCUUCAACUCACAAACUCAAUCUUCAAAAACAGAGGUAACCCACCCGGCUUUCUGUGCUGCUGCUUGUAUGUGAUUCACGAGUCCCCCCACCCCGAGGCUCUGUUUCACCAAAAUUUCUUUGGAUCGGGAAUCCUAAGCAAACUUUCAAAUGGGUUUCACUCAGUUCGCCAAAUCAGUCGAUUGGGAACAAGAGUCCUUCCCAGCUUAUCAAGAUUUCUACGCCCUCCCCUUUUUUGCUCUGUUCUUCCCCUCUAUUCGAUUUUUGUUCGACAGAUUCGUAUUUGAGAAAGUGGGACGACGGUUGAUUUUCGGAAAAGGACAUAAGAAAAUGAAUAUUGAUACAGAAGAUAGAAGGAAGAGAAUCAAGAAAUUCAAGGAGUCGGCUUGGAAGUUUUUGUAUUUUCUAUCUGCAGAGCUCCUUGCUCUCUCUGUAACUUAUGAUGAGCCUUGGUUUAAGACCACAAAAUACUUUUGGGUAGGGCCAGGAGAUCAGAUCUGGCCUGACCAAAAAAUGAAGUUGAAAUUGAAGGGACUGUAUAUGUAUGCUGCUGGGUUCUACACAUACUCAAUAUUUGCUUUGAUUUUCUGGGAAACAAGGAGGUCUGACUUUGGAGUAUCGAUGGGUCAUCAUGUUGCAACUGUUAUUCUCAUUGUGCUGUCUUACAUAUUUAGAUUUGCUCGUGUUGGUUCCAUCGUUUUAGCUCUUCAUGAUGCUAGUGAUGUAUUCCUGGAGAUAGGGAAGAUGUCUAAAUAUAGUGGAGCUGAAACUAUUGCCAGCUUUGCAUUUGUUCUUUUUGUCUUGUCCUGGGUCUUGCUGCGUCUCAUUUAUUACCCUUUCUGGGUUCUUUGGAGUACAAGCUAUGAAGUUAUUCUGACAUUGGACAAGGAAAAGCAUCCUGUUGAUGGACCAUUCUACUAUUAUACGUUCAAUACUCUUCUAUUCUGCUUGCUUGUUCUUCAUAUUUAUUGGUGGGUAUUGAUAUUUCGGAUGCUUGUGAAACAAAUCCAAGCAAGGGGGAAACUUAGUGAAGAUGUCCGAUCUGAUUCUGAAGAUGAAGAUGAUCAUGAAGAUUGACCAGGAAAGUUUGUAGCUACCACUCAACAUAACUGAUGUGAAGGCAAGAACAGCAAUGACUCCAGCCUUUGAUUAAUCUACAGCUGAAAUGGAAUAAUUGUUGUUAGAUCCCUCGAAUAGUGGGAGGAUUGGAUACGUUGAAUUGAGAUGAGGAAGCAUGUUGCUGAAGCAGAAGGUUGACAGGAAUUAAAA